CGAACAGGUGCCAAUGCCGAAGAACUCUCAACUUCGUUUUCCUACAUAGCCCACAUGGUUGUGCUCGUCUCGCAUUAUUUGUCUCUAAGGCUACCCGCGGAGAUUACACUUCCACACAGAAAUUAUCCUACACCAACCAUAUACACUCCAUCCGCAUCGUAUCAUGCGCGAGAGACAGCCUCGGUGCCGUCAAACCAGUCAUCGUCAUCUGGCUCAACAUCCCGGGAUGUUGAUAGGCAUCCUCCCCCACAUCGGCCUCGACCGCUUUGUAUCAAAAAAAAGCUGUCUGAGGUGGCAAAGGAUGAUCUUAGGACAUAUGGCUUUUUCAUAGAAGGAGUCGCAUUACUAGCCUGGAACGUAUCCUGGCUAUGCCGCAGCCAGGGUCUUAAUCACGGAUCUGAUUCCUGGGAGGAUGUUUGCGACAUUGGAAAAAAUCUGUGGCAGCUUCUCGUUGCACCCCCGGGAAACCCGUCCACUUUGAUAAGGACCCUUGCCAGUCGCGAUACUCAAGCCAAAAACAAGACCCCCAAGGACUCCCCGAGGACCACCCUUCACCGAACUAAAUCCUUCCCUAUGCUUGGUCACUAUUCGCAUGGCACCGCGCACUCUUUCUUGGGUGCGUCUGAAGGGACCGACUUCAUCCGAAACUGGAGAUUACCAGCUCCAACAAAGGUUACCGACAGGCUGAAAUCUACCCUGAUGGGUGAAAUAACCAGCGCUGAAUGGGAAGUGGUGGAGGAAAAGGAAUGGAAUGCCGCUCGCCAAUCUGGAAACGGUUCAAACAAUUCAAAUGGGACCAGUGGCUGGACUAACCUUAGAACUAGAUAAUUGCUAUACUCAAUCCUUGAACGACACGACA